UUGGUAUUUUUCUUAAAAAAGGGCGACCCUGGCAUCCCCGGCCAUCAAGGUCUUCCUGGAUCCAUCGGUCCGAGAGGUCCUAGGGGCCCUGAAGGUGUCCAAGGCGUCGCAGGUCUCAAGGGAUUCCCUGGUGAACUUGGCCGAAAAGGCAUGAUGGGUGAGAAAGGUGAAACCCUAGCCGGAACUGGCGAAGUAUCUAGAGGCCCUCCGGGUGUAAAGGGGAGCAAAGGUGGUCCCGGCCCCAUCGGCCCUCGUGGACCCGACGGUGAGCGCGGUCUUCCAGGCCCCAAAGGUCCCAAAGGCUACCAGGGUCUCGAAGGUCAAAUGGGUGACGUCGGCCCUAAGGGCCCCAAGGGCAGAACGCCUAAACCGAAAGUUUUGCAAUUUGCCGAACGUGGAGAGAAGGGAGAAAAGGGAGAGAAGGGCGCCUCUUACGAAGCACCGCCAAUCCUAAAGGGAAUUGAGGUCGGCCCGAAAGGUUUCAAAGGUCUGUCAGGUGUCCGCGGCCCCGAGGGUGACAAGGGCCAGAAAGGACGGGCGGGCCUGCCAGGUUUUCCUGGCCUUCGCGGACCUCAUGGGGAACCAGGUGAACCGGGACCUCCGGGCAAGAAGGGCAAAAUGGGCCAAAUGGGUGUCUCCGGUGGACCUGGUCGCGCGGGUGCAGACGGCUACGACGGUCCACAGGGACCUGAAGGACCGCGUGGGAAGAAGGGUGAGAAGGGUUAUCAAGGACGCCCCGGACCAAAGGGUGAAAAGGGUCCAAGGGGUGAAACCGUUGAUAGCGAGGGAAUGCUACCGGGACCUGAUGGAGACCAGGGCGAAAUGGGUGUCAAGGGACAGCCUGGUGAUGCCGGACCACCGGGUGAGCCUGGCUUAGUGGGCCCACGUGGUCCUCCUGGCGAGCCCGGUCCCAAGGGUGAAAGGGGGCCUGGCCAUGGACCGCUUAUCCCUGGUGAACGUGGACCCAAGGGAGAACGAGGAUUGGCUGGCCUCGAUGGAAAACGUGGCAAGACUGGCGAAGCCGGUCGUCCGGGACCAAAGGGAGACAAGGGUCUUCGGGGUCGUGACCUGGUUGGACCUAAGGGUGAACCCGGCCUUCCUGGCGGGACUGGCCCGGAGGGACCUAUCGGUAAAUUUGCAAUCUUCGUGCCUUCAGAUUGA